UUAGCACAGUAGUGUUUAUCGAGGGUGAGCGAGGGCGUUGUGCAGCUUUCACGGCGCGGAGCGAGGCUUGUUUGCAGAGAGACACACGUUAACGACUGUGUUUGCUUGCGGUUGUGUAGUUAAAGCGACUCGGUGCGUCCAGCUCAAAGUGCACGGGGAGCAACGUUUGUGGAGGUGUUUUGUUGCAGUGAAAAAAAAAAGCUUCGCCAUUUGACUCACCGUGACCAAACAUCCGCCUACCGCGAUAUGUAAUCGCCUGUGUUGUUAUUCUUGAUAGCGCAAACACUGCUGGGAAUACCUCCAAGAGGAACUGGGGGAGAAGAAGGAAAGAAAAAAAAAAAGAGGAGUGGAAGACCAAGGCCCAGCUGAUCCAAGACCUCUGCCAUGGAAUAAUUUUGGGAAACUUUUCUUUGCUUUCUUUUUGGUGCAUUUUUUUAUUAUUAUUAUUUAAUUUUGAAAGGAUUAUUAUUAUUAUUAGUUGGGACGACCAUGCAGUUGAGCAGUGAAGCCGAGGCGAAGGGGUUCAGCUCGUGACUGGAGACCAUGAAGCUGCCAGGGAAGUGACCUCGGUGGGACACCGCAGCCUGACGGGGGUGCCACCUCCCGAGGCACCAUGGCCUCCAAGGAGAGACUGUAUGAGGUCUGGAUGCUCUACUGCACCAAGAGGGAUCCGGACUACUUGAAGCUAUGGCUGGAGAUUUUCAUCAGCUCCUAUGAGCGAUGCCUCGACGUGGACUUCGAAAAGCCACCUUCAAGGCCAGAGGAGCUCCCCCCGGUGUUAACGCUCCUCCCAGACAACAUCCUGCAGGUUUUGCGCCACCAGCUGCUGCAGUGCGUCCAGAAAGCCUCCGAUGGCCUGGAGCCUGAGCAGCAAAACCUGGCGCUGCUGCUACUAAAGUUCCUCAUCAUCAUCUGCAGGAACCUGUCCAACGUGGAAGAAAUUGGCACUUGCUCGUACAUCAAUCACAUCAUCACCAUGACAACACUUUAUAUUCAGCAGCUGAAGAGUAAGACCAAAGAGAAGGAGAUGGCCGACCAGAGUCAGGCGGAAGAGUUCGUCCGUCAUGCGCUGGCGUUCUGCGAGAGCCUCUACGACCCGUACCGCAACUGGAGACAUCGAACAUGCGGGGAACAGCUGGGUACAGUAGAGAGGAGCAGGCAGAAGUACAAAGCAGCGCCACUCACUGUUGAGUUUGUUCCUUUCUUUUACCAGUGCUUCCAGGAGAGCGAACACCUGAAGGAGAGUUUGAAAUGCUGCCUGCUGCACCUGUUUGGAGCCAUAGUGGCUGGUGAUCAGAGGAACGCCCUCCUUGCCAUCUCCCCGGCCACCAUGGAGGUGCUGAUGCGGGUGCUGGCCGACUGCUCCAUGGGCAGCUGCUCGUCGGACGAGGGCGAGGACUGGGACAGCGAGGCCCCCGACCGCAAGGCCCUGCUGACCCUGGGCUGCCUGAGGGAGGUGGUGCAGCGCCUCCUGGCCUCCAGCUCCGACCAGCGGCAGGUGGAGAUCGCCUCCGUGCUGGAGAACUACUUCAAGCUGCUCAACUCGGACCCGGCGGCCGUCGUCGCCGCCCGGCAGCAGCAGCAGCAGCAAGCCAAGGGGCGAGUGCAGACGCUGGGUCGACACUGGGAGACUCGUUUCGUGGCGCUGCAAGUAAACAUGCUAGACACUAUCAGGGACAUGUUCCUGUGUUCGGACAGGCCAGUACUCCAAGCCAUCUUCCUCAACAGCAACUGCUUCGAGCAUUUGACGCGGCUGCUGCAGAACAGCAAGGUGUUUCAAGGGCGACUAGACUCCCUUGCUGUAGCAACCAUCAAAGCCCUGACGACAGUCAUGCACAAAUCUCCAGCUGCAAAGGAGGUUUUUAAGGAAAGGAUUGGUUACAAUCACCUGUACGAAGUGCUCAUCUCUCUCGGGCAGCCAUCCCGACACCUUCUUAAAGAGCUGAUGAACAUGGCAGUGGAGGGUGAGCACUCCUCAGUCGGCCUCCUGGGCAUUAGCAACGUGGAGCCUUUGCUGCUGCUCGUCCAGUGGCUCCCAGAGUUGGAGUCAUCAGAGCUGCAGCUCUUCACGGCCGAUUGGCUGCGCCGCCUCAGCUGCCUCAACCGCCAGACCCGCGCCACCUGUGUCAACGCCGCCAUGGUCAUGCAGGCUCUGGCAGUGCUGGAUCGCCACGAACGACUCCACCGAGCUUGCGCCGAAAGCCUGCUGGGACUCGUGGGCUCGCUCGGCUCCCAGUCCCUGAGCGCCAGGGAACUGCUGGGACUCCUGCGCCUCCUCAGGCCUCCGGAGCCGAGCCAAGCGCAUCCGCACGUAGGUCCCGCCUUGAGAGCCCUCCUGGCCAUGGUACGCAAGCAGGGCCUGGAGUGUGCCAUGCAGUACUUCGACUUGUCACCGAGCAUGGCGGGAAUUGUAGUUCCAACAGUGCAGCGUUGGCCGGGGUCUGCGUUCAGCUUCCUCGCUUGGUUGUCGCUGGACCAGGACCAGCUGGGCCCACUCAGUAAAGACAAGAGGAAACAGCUCUACAGCUUUUUUACCCCUGGUGGGACGGGGUUUGAGGCCUUUAUUAGCUCCGCUGGUGUGCUGGUGGUGGCAGUGUGCACAAAGAAGGAGUACGUCACCGUCAUGCUACCCGACUACUGCUUCUGUGACUCACUCUGGCACAGCAUCGGUGUGGUGCACGUACCUGGAAAGAGGCCGUUCGGCCAGAGUCUUGUCUACAUUUAUGUGGAUGGACAACAGAAACUGUCUGCCCCCCUCAAGUACCCCACCAUGACCGAGCCGUUUACCUCCUGCUGCAUCGGCUCGGCCGGCCACCGCACCACCACCCCUCCGCCCUCCCAGAUCCCCGACCCUCCCUUCUCCUCCGCCACCACGCCCACCACCCGCUCCUCGCUGGGCGGCAUCCUGUCGCCGCAGACCUGGGGAGGGCUGCUCGGGGGGAAGCCCGAGUCCGUGACUAAGCUGAUUUCGGCGGGGACCCAAGACAGCGAGUGGGGAAGCCCCACGUCCCUGCAGGGCCAGCUGGGAAGCGUGAUGGUGUUUCACGAGCCCCUGCAGCAAAACCACAUAAAAGCCAUCUGUAGCGCCGGUCCAAACUGUAUCUCCCCAUUUAAAACCCAGGAAUCAGAACUCGGUGAUCUAUCCACCAAACUGCUGCUGCACUACUCACCUAAGGCGUGCAGAAACCCCAUCUGUCUGGAUCUGUCUCCGAACAUGCUGCACGGACGCCUGACGGGGAACAAAGUCGUCAACUGGGACAUCAAGGACAUGAUUAACUGCGUGGGCGGCCUGCCGGUGCUCUUCCCCAUCCUGGAGCAGCUGGCUCUGGUGACUCCGGACCAACAGGGCAGCGACCCUGCAGCCGGGUCAGACUUCAUCACCCCUGAUGUGACCACACCUGCUGAUGGAGACUGGGUCAUCCUCCCAUCUAACAGGGCUUCAGAGGCUCGUCUGGAGAAGAAUCUAGUGGCCACUUUCCUGUUAGUGUUGAAGCAUUUCCUGCAGAGGCACCCGAUCAACCAGGAGACUCUGCUCCACUCGCACGGCGUCGGGACUCUGGGAGCUCUGCUGCAGAAGCUGCCGGCAGGUCACGCGGACGUCAGCGUGCUGGUUGCCAUGCAGCUGCUGAUAGAGCAGGUGACGUACGAGAAGAACCAGGCGCUGCUGCAGCAGCUUCACACACAUCUGCUGUUCAACUUCAACAUCUGGAACAAGGGAGACUUCCCUCUGCGCAUAGGUCACAUCCAGUACAUGUCCACUGUCAUCAAGGACAACCGGAAGCAGUUCAGGAAAAAAUAUGGGGUUCAGUUUCUGUUGGACACCAUGCGCCUUUACUAUGGGAAGAACACUAGCAAGGAGGGAGACCUGAGCGAGGACGACAUUCGCACCAUCCGCGCGUCCUUGUGCGGCCUCAUCAAGUACUACAUCAGCAAGGGCAUGUCCCAUGAGGAGAUGCAGAGCAUUCUGGGAUACAUCGCCGCCAUCGGGGAUGAAGACCAGCUUUGUGGGGUCCUGGAGUUGUUACUCAGCCUUCUUCAGACCUGUCCGACCAGAGACCAGCUCGUCCUGCUCCUCUUCGAGCCCGCCGCCGCCGACUCGAGUUACGCGCUCCUUCUGAAUAACAAACACUCGGAUCGUCUCCGGGAGCUCGUCUUCAAGCUGUUUGAGCGGAUGUUGCGCUGCGACCGCGUCUACGAGAAGAACAAGCAGCGGCUGCGGCUGAGGGAGGCGGGCUACGCCGGGCUCUCGCUGCUCUUCUCCGAGCUUCUCAUCACUCCCACCCUGAUCCGCUGCCUCCUCAACCAGGUCCUCCACACAGAUCACGUGGUGAACUACAAGGACCUGAUGGCUCUGGUCCAGAUCACUCAUCGAACCGGACCGAACGUACGCCUCAUCGUCUGCAAGAGGGUGUACCAGCUGCUACAGUCCCAACAGGAGGCUGCCGUCCAGAUCUCAAGGCAGCAGUGUUGGCAGGACACCCUCAUGCGUCUCUACCUGAGGGGCGACGGCGCGUUGCCGCUGCGCAACUCCGACAGCAUCAGCACAUGCAGCCUGGAGCUGAGCCGAACCAGCGUCGGCAGCACCAACAACCGGCUCGAGCUCCCGCUGGAGAGGAGGACGCGGGCCGGCAGCUCGGGCCGCUUGGACCGGCUGGACGACGACCGGAUCAGCAUCGGCGACACCCGCUCCGUGGACAGCCUGGAUAACGGCGACGUCAUCUCGCUGCUGGACACGCCGUCGUCCUCCGCCUCCACCGAGCCGCCGCCGCCGCCGCCACCGCAGCAGCAGCAGCACGUCAAGCCCUGGGUGGUGGGAAAGUCGGGCGGCUUGACGCUGGAUCUGUCCCACCUUCAGGCCUAUGAGGGCGUGGAUAGCGGGAGCCAGACUCCCGGGAGCGGGCCCAGCACGCCUUCGCCGCUGGAGAACUCGAAGCCUUUCCCGGGGAGCUCAGGGGAUCGAGAUGCGACCUCCUCCCUGGCUGAGGACAGCUUUCUCUUCAGUGACAACAUCUCACUGGGAGAGUCCUUCAACAACGCUGAGCGGGCGGAGGAGGAGCUGUGCAACAUGCUGCUGGAGAUCAUCCUGUGUGUGAUGUGGCGAGGAGUCGAGGGGUCUGAUGAUUCUGCGUGGCUCGAACGUGGUCAAGUCUUCUCCGCUCUCACCAAACUGGGAACCGCCAACGAGCUGCUGCUUCCUGUCGACCAAAUAAAGCUCAGUUUAAUGGAGCGUAUGUUGGAGUGGGCGGUGAGUGAUAACCGGGAGGCGUCAGCUGCUACUUUGCCACAGCACACGGAGAACGCGGUGCGGCUGCUUCACAUGGUACAAGACUUCCUGCAGGCGGAGGGCCUGGUCAACCCGGCGCUGUGGACGGAGAAGGUGCUGGAAGAGACUGUGACGUUGAUGGACAGUCUCAUGGUGUGGUACUCUUCAGGCACGCAGUGGUUCCAGCUCUCCCAAGUUGGACUGAGACUGCUCCUGGGCUUCAUGGCGCAGGAAGACCCCGAGGUGUGCGCCAUGGCCACUGCCAAGCUAAACGGCAUCCUGCAGACCAAAGAGAUCUCCAGCCAGGACGAGGCCUGCUACCUGCUGGGGAAGGUGGAGGGGAUCCUGCGGCGCUCUGUUCAGGAGCAAACAGAGGAGACGUACUCCUUCCUGGUUCCACUGCUGCGAACGCUGCUCUCUAAAGUCCACCGCCUCCUCUACAUGGAGCUGCACCUGCCGCAACUCCCCGACACCAACGGAAGUCCGUCCUUCUUCGAGGACUUCCAGCUGUACUGCAACUCACCUGAGUGGCGCGUCUACCUCGACAAAUACAUUAUCCCAUACAUGAAGCAAUACGAAAUCGAGAUGUUCAGCCAGGGUCACGAGACCAUGGCUCUGUAUUGGAAAGAGUGCUACGAGGCCUUUAUGGUCAGCUUGCACAAGAGAGAGCGUGAGCGGGGCGAGAGCAAGAUCCGCUUCCAGGAGCAAUUUGUGGAGCCUUUCUCCCGCCGCAGCCGCCAGGAAAACCUGCGCUACAACAGCAUGUUAAAGCAGCAGCACAGCCAGAACAGCGCCAUCAUCAGGCAGUGGAAGGCAGCGCGGCGGGGUCUGGUGUGUGAGAGAGGGCCCUGGGCUGACAGGCAGCAGGAUGAGAUGCACUGGAGGGUGUCGAGUGCUGAGAACUACUCCCGAAUGAGGCUGAAGCUGGUCCGUAAUUACAACUUUGAUCCACACCGGGAGGCGAGCGCUCUGAGAGACAACCUGGGUGUCCAUCAGCAGCGUGUAAACCCAGAGUCUCUGCUGCUGGAGGCUGUGAAGCAAGUCAAAGUCAGCGACCUGGAAGAUGACAUCCUGGAGCUCCCAGAGGAGGACCCUGCUGCUGCCAGCAACCAGGUUGAAGCGGACGAUGCGGGCCAGAAGGAGAAACUGGUGUUGUUGGAGGACUGUGAGCUGGUGACGGUGGUGGACGUAGUCCUUGGACGCCUGGAAGUCACCACGCAACACAUCUACUUCUACGACAGCAGCCAGGAGAAAGAGGAGGGUGUGGGACACGACUUCAAAUGGCCCCUGUCUCAGAUUCGAGAGGUCCACCUCAGACGGUACAACCUGCGGCGCUCUGCUCUGGAGAUCUUCCUCAUCGACCAGACCAAUUAUUUCCUCAACUUUAAAAAAGAGGUGAGGAACAAGGUGUACAGCCGCAUGUUGAUGCUACGUUCCCUCAGCCUCUAUGGAACCCGUUCUCCCCAGGAGCUGCUCAAGGCCUCCGGACUCACACAGAAAUGGGUGAACCGGGAGAUUUCCAACUUCGACUACUUGAUGCAGCUCAACACCAUCGCAGGCAGAACGUACAACGACCUGGCUCAGUAUCCAGUGUUUCCCUGGAUUCUGGCCGACUACACCUCAGAGGAGCUGGACCUGUCUGAUCCGAGGGUAUUCAGGGACUUGUCGAAGCCGGUGGCCGUGCUUAACGAGCGCAAUGCCAAAGCCGUUAGAGAGAAGUAUGAGAGUUUCGAAGAUCCAACAGGCACUAUUGACCGGUUCCAUUACGGCACCCACUACUCGAAUGCUGCAGGGGUCAUGCACUACCUGAUCAGAGUGGAGCCCUUCACCUCGCUGCACAUCCAGCUGCAGAGUGGACGAUUUGACUGCGCCGACCGGCAGUUUCACUCCAUCCCAGCGACUUGGCAGACCCUCAUGGACAACCCCAACGACGUCAAGGAGCUCAUCCCCGAGUUCUUCUACUUCCCAGAGUUUCUGGAGAACCAAAACGGUUUCGAUCUGGGCCGCCUGCAGAUCUCCAAGGAAAGGGUUAAUGAUGUUGUUCUGCCUAAAUGGGCCAAGUCCCCCGAGGACUUCAUCUACAAGCACCGCAAAGCUCUGGAGUCGGAGAACGUGUCGGCCCACCUUCACGAGUGGAUCGAUCUGAUCUUCGGUUACAAACAGAAGGGCCCUGCAGCGGUUGAGGCUCUCAACGUCUUCUACUACUGCACGUAUGAAGGGGCGGUGGACUUGGACGCCAUCACCGACGAAAAGGAGCGUAAAGCUGUCGAAGGCAUGAUCAACAACUUCGGUCAGACGCCGUGCCAGUUACUCAAGGAGCCCCACCCGGUGCGUCUGUCUCAGGAAGAAGUGGAGAAGAGGAAGGCUCAGCUGGACUCGUGUCCUUUCAGCAUGUUCGAACACCUCAGCGAUCUCAAGUCCUUCUUCGUUGAGGGCAUCAGCGACAACAUCCCGCUGGUAAAGGUGGUGGUGCCUAAGAAUCAGUCCCAUUCUUUCAUCACUCAGGGGAGCCCUGACACCAUGGUGACAGUGAGUCAGAACUGCCUGGUCGGGACCCAUGGGUGGCUCCCUUACAACAAGAACAUCUCCAACUACUUCACCUUCAUUAAAGACCCCACGGUUUCCAACACCAAAACUCAGCGUCUCCUGUCGGGACCCUUCGCCCCAGGCGUGGAGGUCACGGCGGGGCUGUUCGUGGCCUCGCACGACGGGAAGCUGCUCUUCAGCGGCGGCCACUGGGACAACAGCAUUCGCGUCACGUCGCUGGUCAAGGGCAAGACUGUGGGACAGCACAUCAGACACAUGGACAUCGUGACCUGCUUAUCAACAGACCACUGCGGCAUCCACCUGAUCUCUGGCUCCAGAGACACAACCUGCAUGGUGUGGCAGGUUCUGCAGCAGGGUGGAGCUCCCGUGGGUCUCCAUCCCAAACCGGUCCAGGUCUUGUACGGACACACGGAUGAGGUGGUGAGCGUGAGCAUCAGCUCGGAGCUGGAUAUGGCUGUGUCCGGAUCACGGGACGGGACAGUGAUCAUCCACACGGUGCGUCGGGGUCAGUACAUGCGCUGCUUGCGGCCGCCGUGCGACAGCUCCCUGCCGCUUUCCAUCCUUCACCUGGCCGUGUCCUGGGAGGGACACCUGCUGGUUCACACCUGCGUGGAGGGCAAAGCGACUCUUAAGGAUAAAAACGCCCUCCACCUUUACUCUGUGAACGGGAAGCACCUCCGCAGUGAGCCUCUGAAGGAGCAGGUCACAGAUAUGUGCGUGUCGGGGGAGUACGUCGUCAUCGGCAGCGAGCAGGGAUACCUGUCCAUCCGGGACCUCUACAGCCUGUCUCUGUGCGCCGAGCCCAUGGCCAUGCGCGUCCCGGUGCGCUGCGUCUCCGUCACCAAGGAGCAGAGCCACGUCCUGGUGGGCCUGGAGGACGGCAAGCUGAUCAUCGUGGGCGUGGGCAAGCCGGCGGAGAUGCGUUCGGGCCAGAUCACACGGAAGCUGUGGGGCUCCAGCAAGAGGCUGACUCAGAUCUCCUCGGGGGAGACGGUGUACGACACGACCACAGCCGACCCGUCCCAGUCCCUGAGCCCCUGAACCGUCCCCCUGCAUUCUUCACCUCCCCCACCCCCCACAGUUCACCCUUCAGUUUGUCAUUUUUUUAUUUUUUAUUUUUUUGAUGCAAUAUCCUAAAUCCCCUCGUGUCCAUGUUUGUGUUUUCUGUUUUCUGGGUGUGUGUGUUCUGCUUUGGAUCGAUCGGACGGUGCUGGCGCCGUUGUCCCAAUGCAGACGUUACCACCACCACAUCUGUCCCCAAAACUCUUCCUUUACACAUCAUGUUAACGUCUUGUGCGGAUAAAUGGAUGGAUGGAUGUGUGUGCAUGUGCAGUGUAAUGCCGUGCGCUAUCUGAAAAUAUAGUUUCAAGUGGCCUUUUUGUCCCUUCCUCCUCCUCCUCCUCCUCCUCUCCUUGGUUCGUCCUCGGUGCAGACAGGCCGGCCUGUGCUCCCUGGGCCUUUCAUGGUUGCCUCAACGCUGCCCCCUGGCAGCCUUAUGCAGUAAGACAGCUCCACCACUCACAAGACCAAACUCUCUACCUUUUCUAUGUGUUUUUUUUAUAAACGUACGUGCGUGUGUUGUUUUCAUGUUUUUAUUUGAUGAAUUAAUGCAUGUGUGCAGCCACUCUCUGUCAGCCCAUAUGCAUGGCAUGUUGAUUCACUUUGAGAUUACGUAGGGGAACAGUUAUGAAGUGCGGUAGUCAUGCAGUUUCUUUCUUUUUUUUUUAUUUUAUUGUGAAUUUUUACAGUUUUCUGGCUUGUUUAGUUUGAGAACCAUUUUACUCACUCAACGUAAGAUAUCAUCUGUCUUUAAAGUUUUUUUUUAUUAUUAUUUAAGAGAAAACAAAACACUACUUUCUCAAACAGACUUCCACGUGGAGAUUAAUCGCAGCAGCGCGGAGGGAAAAAAAGCAGCAUCUCUCUUCAUUGAGCUUCAUUGAAUGUUCUUGAGUUACUUGAAUCCGUGUUUAUUUAUAAGUAAAAGUAGCAUUAUAUUUAAAAAAACAACAACAAAUGGCAUAAACUCUUCUGACUGUUCAGAUUAACCUGUAAUAGAAGGACAAAGAAGAAAUCCUCAAGGGCUUUAUGAGAUGUCAGUGUUAAAACAGCAAUACGGCUCCUUUCUUCCCGUUUCUCGCGUGCGUUUGCUCGGCCGGCCCUCGAUCUCCAGUCUUCCUGUAGUUUAAAACAAAAAAGAAAAAAAAAAAAAAUAGAUCUAGCUCUCAUCACUGCCUCAAGCCACCCUCUGUUGUUUCCUCAUCCGUGCUGAUUUCUUUACUAAUCGGAUCACAAAGUAGGAAGCUGCUGCCUGGAUGAGACUGUGCGGCUGAGUUUGAACCAUAUCUGUAUCUCUGAGUGUGUGUGUGUGUGUGUGUGUGUGUGUGUGUGUGUGAGGAUCAUGGCAGCCUCUGAUUGUCGAGGCCCGUCCAUGUGUUCUGCAUCGGUUCUCCUUAUUUUAUUGUCGUCUUUGUGUUUAGUUUUAUAUUUAAAUGUCACAGCGAGGCCGAGUGCAAAGACCAAACUGUGUCCUUCUUGAAGAGAUUUCUGUGAAAGGUGCGUGAACUGUUUUCUAAAUGCAGUUUAUGUUGUUGUUUUUUUGUUUUUUGUUCGUUUUUUUUUCCAUUUCAACCACAUUUGUCAUUCAGACAAAAAAAAAAGACCACUGUUUGAUUUGACUGCAACAAACAGACAGAGUGCCUUUAUUCCAGAGCGGUGUUAACAUAGAUUUCUCUCAUCGUCGCCCCCGACUUCUUUAGCCUAAAUAAAAAAAAAAAACGGAAGCAGCAUUCCUACAAGAUAAACCUCGACGACAGGAACCAAGAAAAAUCAAAAAAGUACUAUUUUGUGUCUUAGCUACGUUCUCUGUGACUGUCACCAAAAUGGAUGUGUGUGUAUAUCUGUGAUUAUUUAUGAAUACAGUAUAUAAUGUACAGCCUGAUUUUUAUUUCUUUGAAAUGUUCUUUUGCACUUUCCAGGUACUAAAUUGUAACAAAUUGUUUUAACUUGGCUCCCUAAUCUGUACAAACUGCUUUGUAUACACAAGUGGAAAAUGAUCAUUAAAGUCUUGUCUAAAUUUAA